GGGGUACCAACAGACCGAAGGCACUGGACGUCUCACUCCCGUCGCUGUGCGUGUGUGCUAUUUGAAAAAUCUAGCGAACUCUCGGUUAAGAGGGUAGCGAGUCAAUUUCAAUCAACAAUUCGUCUAGGAAUACCAUCUCUAGCUCAGCGCACUCAGUGACGCAGUGCUCCAAUGCACGCGCUACAUGAUGAUGCUGACAUUGAUCGGAUGACGAACGAAGAGAUCGUCGCCAUAUGUGACUAUGCGCCACGGCUCAGCAUCCCUUCGCCUCUCGAGGGCAUGCCUGCUCCAGUUGCUCAACUGAGUCCGACACGGCUGAUCAAGAUUCAACUUUAUACUUACUUGCCUGAGUGGGAAUUCCGCACGAUGGAGCUCGUCCGGUCGCAGACACGAAUUCCCGUCCCCAAGCCGCACCGCUACUUCAUCGAGGACAGCAGAGCUUAUCUGCUCAUGGAUUUCAUUGAAGGGCGGACUCUGGAAACAUGCUGGAGCCAGAUGUGGUUCUGGCAAAAAGCCUGGGUUACGUGGACACUUCGGGGAUACGUCCAACAGUUGCGUCGGAUUCGUACGGAGCAGCAAUCGUCCGAGAUCCCCGGUCCUCUCAUCGAUGAUCUUGCAAGUCCUGAGCUAUGCUAUGGCCCGGUGAUGGGUGAAUACCACAUCGGGCCGUUCAGCUCGAAGGGUGAGAUGGCGGACUGGUUCAACGGCCGACUUCGGACGUCGGAGGACUUCUAUCACUUCAAACUCGGUUAUGGAUUCGACGACAAAGCACCACUUGUCAUGACACAUGGUGAUCUUGCCAUGCGCAAUGUCAUUGUUGGUACCGACGGGAGGCUGUGGUUGAUUGAUUGGGGAUGUUCUGGUGUGUAUCCUCAGUGGUUCGAGUACGUCGGCAUGCAAAUGGACAAUGAACCGCGUAGCUGGACGUGGACGAGACGGCUGGUCGCAGGAUGGUACUAUACGCAGGAGAGAUUCAUAGGGGCUGUCUAUUGGGCGUUGACUAUAGGUCGCUUUUUGGUGUCGCCUCCAGUGAAGAAUCCGCCGUGUGUGUCUUGACGUUCUGACCGCCGUACGCAGUUUGAUGUAAAUACUUCUGGUCGAAUGGUAUGGUCGCUGCUAGGAUGUCGUUUCAGG